AUGUUGACCGCAUCACAACCACUCUCGAAUCCGGGCUUCUCCCGAGCAUCGCCGUCCGCUUCGAGUCCCACAACACAUAUCUCACAAAGACGGCCCAUAAGCAAAGAUGGCUCCGGAGGCAAACAAGCAAUAUGGGUUCCGCUGCUCAACAGCGCCUCCAAGGGCAAAGACCUGACCGAAAAGCAAUUGAUCAUUCUCGGCGGCACUCCGGAGUCCCAACGCGAGUUUCUCGAACAAUUGAACCCUCCGAAUCUACGUCCUCGAUACGCUGCCCACGAUCGACGAAGACAGCCCCGAGCAGGAGCAGGAGCAGAACAGCAGGGAUCAGGAAAGACACCCAUCUCGAACAGAUAUGCUCUGGGCUACACCUACUACGAUGUCCUCGACGCGGACCAAGAAGACGUGCUGGCACGAUUGAACGUAUACAUGCUGGCCCAACCCAGUGCGAGUUUUGGAUCGUUGUUGAAGCCACUGUUCACGCCCAAGACGGUCAAGGACACGCUGAUAACCAUCCUGUUGGACUGGGAAGAGCCGUUCAAAUGGGCCCGACAGCUACGCCAGUGGAUCCGGCUCCUGCGAUCCGUGAUCUUGAGUCUAGACGAGCAAACCAAGAUAGAGAUGGAAGAGACCAUGACAGCGUGGAAAGAGAAGAGAGUCGGUCCUGAUGCUCCAUCCGCUCAGCCUGGUGGCGGCAACACGAACAACACGAACAACAAUAACAACAGCACAAAUCAAAAUAUUGAACUUGAACAGAAAUCAAUAUCUACGGCCGCAGCGGCACCCUUAGGACCGGGAGAAUGGGACGAAGGACUCGGUGUCCCGCUCUCUGUGGUCUGCGUCCAGGCGGAAAAGAUUGAACUUCUAGAGCGAGAUUACGGCUGGGGCGAAGACGACUUCGAUUUCCUGAUGCAGUGGCUGCGCUGUGUGCUGCUGAAACACGGAUCCUCGCUGGUCUACACGGCCACAUUCGACCCGAACAACGUGCGGACACUGAUCCAUACCAGUCUCAGCAUCCACUCGCUUCUGAAGCGAGAAGUUGCGAAACACAAUAUCGUCGACAGGGACAAGAUCCUCGUACCGCCGAACUGGGAUUCCUGGGGCAAGAUACGCAUCCUGAAAGACGGCUUCGAUCCGGAAGCCGUGGCGAACGCGUGGUCUGUCGAGAUCCAAGACCCGCCUGAGCAGACAUUGGACUUGUCCACACCCACGAACCAAGAUCAAGACAAACCAUCGCAAAAUGGCACAGGCCCCGAAUCGACCUCGGAAUCGGCAGUGCAUAUCUAUGAAUCGUCCCUGCGCAACCCGGCCGACUAUCGACCUUCCUUUCAACCACGGAUGCAUGACGAGACCGUGGUCGUGCCAUCCGUGCAAGAAUUCCUACAAACGCAGUACGAAGCCCUGGAGAAACUGAAGGCCGAAGACGAAAAAGAACAGCGGAAGUCGCGUCCAGGCGUGGGAGCACGAACUGGCUCCAGUGGCAUUGUCGACAGUAAUAAUGACGAUCCAUCAUCAUCCACCAGAGGCGCUGGAGGAGUCGCCAAUCCCACAAUGGCGGAACGCAUCGGUCCGUACCAGAUCAAUGUCAACGGGAUCGACUUUGACGCUGAAGAAGCCACGAAACGGUUGCGGGAGCGCGAGAAUGAACGCAAUAGAAUCGCUUCUUUGACCGCUUCUACCACGACCAACACGACCACGAGUACUUCUGCACAUAUUGGUGCAGGUGCAGGUGCAGGGCCGGGAGUCAGUACGCCCAUGCGUCGACAAGGCAGUGAGACUGGUGGUGGUGCAGAUGGACAAGCACACACGCCAUUGUCCUCGACGGCGGCCGCGAGCAGACAGAGUAACGAGGCCACGGCGCAGUUCUUUGCGAACCUCAUCAAGAAGCAGGAUAAGAGGGGCGUCGCUAGUGCCAGCGCCAGUCCGACUCGAGGACCGGGGCCUGCAAGUCCUGGUAUACGCGGUGCUCUUGCUUCUGGAGCUGGAGCUGGAUCUGGGACUGGAUCUGGGUCUGGGUCUGGAGCUGGAUCGGGAUCUGGAUCUGGGGCUGGCUCUGGGACUGGAUCUGGAACCGGCACUGCGGCUGGAACUGCGACUGGGACUGCCAGUGGCGAGGAGACGAGACGAGAAUCUUGA